CCUGGUGUCCUUGUGAGAACGGCAAGAAGCCAGAAUUCUUGUCUGGACUGACCCCUCAUACAUAACUUCGACUAUCAACCAACUUUGCCACGAGUAAUACCGUCGCGGGAACAGCUUCGACGCCCAGCGAUAAUUCCAGCCAUCGCGGACCCGAAAUCUCUUAAUACCAUCCCGGACGCGCAAGUUCUCGAGGCCCCUGCUCGGCAAGAAGGCCUCGACUGAAUCGCAAGGGGACAACAAACCCUCCGCAUGGAGAGUCGCAUACCGAACACCAUCAUCGACACGCUCCUGCGAGGCCUACCUUAACGUCGAGCUGUCUGCAGACGCUCCUGCUCGAACACUGGGCUCUAUUGCUCCGUCCCCCGGCAACCGUUGAAGCAGCUUCCUAAGACUCGAGCGCAAGCUCACACACGUUACACACCCAUCCCACGUGUCGCCGUAGCGACCUGCCUCCAAGAUGAUAGAGGACAAAUAUAUCGGAUUGGCUUUGGCCGUCGCGUCCACAUUGAUGAUAGGCACGAGUUUCGUUAUUACGAAAAUGGGUUUGAUGCACGCAGAAGAGCAUCUUGGGUUUGAAGGAGAAGGAUUCACAUACCUCAAGAGUCCAAUAUGGUGGGCUGGCAUAAUUACAAUGAUUCUUGGGGAGAUCGCCAAUUUUGCAGCAUACGCAUUCGCGCCAGCCAUUUUAGUCACUCCAUUAGGAGCAUUGAGCGUUUUAAUUGGCGCCGUUCUCGGGUCAUACUUCCUUAGGGAAGAGCUUGGAACACUGGGAAAAUUGGGUUGUGCGAUUUGUCUCAUCGGAUCAGUUAUCAUUGUGCUUCACGCGCCUCCGGAUGCUGAAAUUGAGACUGUCGACGAGAUUCUGCACUAUGCGAUUCAACCAGGAUUCAUGCUUUACUGCCUGAUUGUCGGCGUCUUCACCGCUGUCAUGAUCUACAAGGUUGCGCCAAGAUACGGGCGCAAGAACCCGCUGGUGUUUAUCUCCAUUUGCUCUACCGUCGGAUCCAUUUCGGUGAUGUCGGUGAAGGCAUUCGGCAUUGCAUUGAAGUUGACUUUUGCGGGCAAAAAUCAAUUUUCGCACCCAUCGACAUACGUCUUCAUGAUUGUCACUGCAGUUUGCAUUCUGACACAGAUGAACUACUUCAACAAGGCUCUAAGCCAAUUCCCAACUUCCAUUGUCAACCCGGUGUACUAUGUUACAUUCACCACGGCUACACUAUGUGCCUCAUUCAUCCUAUUCGGAGGCUUCAACACGACUAAUGCGGUCAACACGAUCUCUCUUCUCUGCGGCUUCCUAACCAUCUUCACUGGUGUAUACUUGCUGAACCUGUCAAGAGAUGACCCAAAUGGUCACAGGAUGCUGAGUGGGCAAGGAACCGAUGGCAUCGCUACAGACAUGAUCUCCAGCAUUCAGACAAGGCGAAGCAUGCAAGCGCGAAGGAGCGUUGGUGACCCUGCCAGACACAGCAUUGGCAGCGGCUACGGUCGAAGUGACCGAGACGGGCUUAUUCGCUCGUAUGAUGACGAGGAGAAUGUGGGCCUGAACGACUUGACCGAGGAGAGCGAGAAUGAUGCCCCCCUACGACUCAAUGGAAAAUCCAAGGCGAAGGCCAAUGGCAAUUUCAUCAAGCCGAUCGAUGUAUCUCGAAAUAGCUCACGCUCGUCGAGAGGUGGUGGCCCGCGGUCGCCAAUGCGAUCACCGAUGCGCUCGCCGAGGCUGUAAGGGAGGGAAUUUACGACGCAUAUGUCCGGGUUCAUAUUGUAUAUGGCCUUUGGGUGGUGGAAUCUGGAACGGCCUUGGUUACCGGGAACAGGGAAUGUAUUGGUAUGGUAGUAAGGAGGAUAGGCCUCCACGUGAGUAUUUCCGUAUAUAUAUCGAGACGAUGCAUGAGGCUAUGGCGUUAGGGGGUGCUACUGUUACUACACAGCUCGCAUUUUGGGUUAAAUGUACUUAUACAUCAGUUAUAUGGCAUAAGCGUACAACGAUGAUCAAAUUUCUAAAAUCUAGGCCUGGUGAUAGCACUGCACAUAAAAAGCAAGACAAAAAAGGUUCUAG